AUACUUCUCAACUUUUCCGCUGAAACGUACCUACCGUGUGUGAUAACUUGUCUAUACUGUACACUUUGAAACUGUUUAAUAGCUUACAUAAAAGUGGACAAAACCUUAGGUUUGACAAUUAAAUCUUCUUAGAAACAGUGUGAACUUUCUUUCAACUUUGAAACAUCUAAAUUACUUCACUACCUUCAAUUUACUUUGAAGUAUCUGCAGUGUAAACUUUCUUCCAACUCCGUUUGAAACAUCUGAAUCACUUCACUUUGAAAAAUCCACAGUGUGAACUCUCCUUUAUUUCAACUUCGUAACAAGACUGUUCCAGUGCCAUAUAGAUAGACUUGCUUCACGGAGGUAGUAGAUUCCAGCAAAGUAUUUGAUAAAGUAAAAGUGUCUCUAGUAUAGCGUAACGUGUGUUAGUGUGAUCUGAAUUGGAAUUGAUUACGUCAUCGUCUCUCUCUCUGAAGGAGUAAACGACCGCUUUGUCUUCGUUUACACGGAAGUGAAUAAUCCAGCUGCAAGCAAACAGCCACCAUGAUAUCCUCAGCCGUGCUCCCACUUUUUGCUCUCGCCUUCCAGCUGACAUCAGCACAAUUCUUCGGCCACCAGCUGGCUCAACCUCAGUCACUGUCGUUCGCCAUCCAACCGCCACCCCUGCAGCCCGCCCCGGGCGCAGCCUUUUUCGACGCCGCCCCCUCGGCUGGUGGCCCCCUGGGCGCGCCCCUGAGACGCGACUACUCCCACAGGGCCGUUGUCCUGAAUGCAGAGAGGGAAGCUCAGUUGCCAGCUAACCUUCUGAACCCCUUCUAUAAGAACCCGAGGAUCGCCGAGGCUCUAGCUAAGGAGAGCUGGUUCACUAACGAGGAGAUGCACGUCACCGACAGAGAGGCUGAGAAGAUUCCCCGCCAGAAAAUUUACUCGGUGCUCAAGAACGCCGGUUUUGUUAACAGAAGGAGGAGGUAAACUCCAGUUAGUGAAUCCUGGGUUUGUUGACAGGGGAUGAGGUGAACCUUGCCUUGUUAACGAUGGGUUUGUUAAUAUGCGAUGGACUUAAACUCUGGUUUGUUAACGACUGGUUUAUCAACAGCCCAAGGAGGUAAACUCUGGUUAGUUUACACCGGUUGUGUUAACAGACAAAAGAAUAAUUCAUAAAAAACUUAUGACCCCUGUUGCACAAAAGCCUGAUAAAGUUCAACUCUGAUUAAAUGUCACGAUAACCAAUCAGAUAAAACUUCUUCUCUGAUUGGUUCUCGUGACAUUUAAUCAGUUUAAUUGUGAUUAAAUGUCACGAUAACCAAUCAGAUAAAACUUCUUUUCAGAAAAUUCUUCUCUGAUUGGUUCUCAUGACAACAUUCAAUCCCAAUCAAACUUUAUCAAGCUUUUUUUCAGUGACGAAAGAAAAAACUUCCUUCUAGACUUCUCAAAAGUCGGAGAUUAUUAGAAAUGUUGGACUUCCAUCUUGAUCUAGAGUGAGAAAUCUAGAUUUUCUCACAUAGCUUAAUUCACGAGUGAUCAUUGAAAUUGUUUUCCAGUAAAGUGGAUAAAAUAGGGAUAUUUCAUUAAGAAUUGAUGUGGAAAUUUCAAAAUUUGAUAGAGUUUUCACAUAGAAUAAUUUUCAACAAUGUGAAUUAUUGUUAGGAAAAAAAAGUUUUGUGACUUUUGUGUCGCAUAAUAAAUCUGUCAAACUUUUGAAUAAAGAAGGUUGUUACUAUGUUUAAGCACAGACAACAGGGUUGUUGCUAUGGUUUAAGUGUACAGUGAUGAAAGACAAUGCUAAUUUAAAAGUAAAAGAACAAAAUUUAAAGUGAGUAACAAAAUCUCAUGUAUCUCAUUCAGAGGGACACUAGAUGUCCCACAACCAAACCAACAUUAAUGAAAUUCAUGAAUACCUUUAGAAAACCUUCAAAUUUCAUUCAAGAUGACGUUGGAAUUUGAAACUUAUUCAGUAAUAAGAAUGUACUUAUUUCUAGAUAAAUAUAAUAUUGAAUUACAUUAUUCAACAUAAUGUUGGAUUACAUUCAACAUACACAUAUUAUGUAUGUUGGUGAACUAUGAAUCAGUUUCCAUUAAAUGCCUAGAUAUCGAAUUGUUGAUGGAUAUCUGUCAAAAUUCAAUAGUGUAUAACGGAAUAAUGCAAUAAUUGUUAUUUAUAAAACUAGUCUAGUUUAUUUUAGUAAUGAUGUAAAUAGUGAUAACAUAAUGUUAAUGUAUGUAAAUAGAAUGUAAAACUUGUCUGUAGAUAAAUGCUUGCCAAUCAAGUUACGAUUUUCAUACAGGUUUAAUAUUAAUUAAAAUGUCAUGAUGUUUUUUGUUGAAGAAUUCUUCUGUAAAUAUUUUUAAUUUGGAAAAUUUUGUUACAGAAAUAAAAUAUUGUUUUUAUUGUGUA